GCACGGAACCGCUGGAACGCAACAUGCUGAAACGGAAUGAACGCAGAACUUCCAAGGACCAAGGACAGCGCUAUUCUCGCUGAGGAUUGUUGUUUUAAGUUUGCGAAUGAUUCGUUGAGCACUGCACUCACAUAAAUGACCGUUCAAAAGGCGCAUCUCUCUCCUUUUAUUUACAGAUGACCGUAGCGGCAGCAAUGGCAGGGUCAAAUAUGGUCUUUUCCGAUGUGGAAAGUUUCCUAGACGAGCACCCGGAAUUAUUAGAGGACUAUCUGAACAGAAAAGGCAAGGCGAGUAUGGUGGAAAAGUGGCUGAAGAACCAUCACCCGAUUAAAACUCCGGCGAACUCCAGCACGGAGGCGGAGAAAGCGGCAAACGCGUGUAGUAAAGACAGCUGGGCGAGCAGAGGUGAUGGGUUACAGAGACGAGCAUCGCAGAAAGAGCUGCGGAAAACCUUCGCCAGGUCCAAAGCCAUCAACGCCAACAGGACUUACGACGAGCACGUCAACUCCAGAGCCCAGGAGCCGCUGACCAGCAUGAGAAGGCGAGCGCUGCUGCGUAAAGCCAGCUCUCUGCCUCCAACCACCGCGCACAUCCUCUCCGCCCUGCUUGAGUCCCGGGUCAACAUCCCUCAGUACCCCUCCACCGCCAUAGACUACAAAUACUACCUGAAAGAGCACAACGAGAGGGAGUUCUUCCUGGAGCUCGUCAAAGACAUCUCCAACGACCUGGAUUUGACCAGUCUCAGCUACAAGAUCCUGGUGUUUGUGUGCAUCAUGGUGGAUGCUGACCGCUGCUCCCUGUUCCUGGUGGAGGGACCAGCCAAUAAAAAGACUCUGGUGUCCAAGUUCUUUGAUGUUCACGCUGGAACCACUGUGUUGCCCUCUCUCAGUAACUCAGAUGAGGUGCAGGUGCCCUGGGGAAAGGGCAUCAUUGGAUAUGUGGCUGAACAUGGGGAAACAGUCAACAUUCCCGAUGCAUAUCAGGACCAUCGUUUCAGUGAUGAGAUUGAUAAACUCACCGGAUAUAAGACGAAGUCUCUGCUGUGCAUGCCCAUCCGCAACAGUGAUGGAGAGGUCAUCGGGGUCGCGCAGGCCAUCAACAAGAGUCCCAAUGGAGCACUCUUCACUGAAGACGACGAAAAGGUGUUGCAGAUGUACCUGCCGUUCUGUGGCAUCGCCAUCUCAAACGCCCAACUCUUCGCUGCCUCCAGGAAAGAGUACGACAGGAGCAGGGCUCUUCUGGAGGUUGUGAACGAUUUGUUCGAGGAGCAGACCGAUCUGGAGAAGAUCGUGAGGAAGAUCAUGCAUCGAGCUCAGACCCUGCUGAAGUGCGAACGCUGCUCCGUCCAGCUGCUGGAGGACAUCGAAUCUCCGGUGGUGAAGUUCACCAAGUCCUUUGAGCUUCUGUCACCCAAGUGUAGCGCCGACAUGGAGAACAGUUUCAAGGACAGCAUGGAAAAAUCGUCCUAUUCUGACUGGCUGAUUAAUAACAGCAUUGCAGAGCUGGUCGCGUCCACUGGUCUUCCUGUGAAUAUCAGCGAUGCCUACCAAGACCCACGCUUCGAUGCUGAAGCAGAUCAGUUUUCUGGCUUCCAUAUUAGAUCUGUCCUGUGUGUCCCUAUCUGGAACAGUAACCAUCAAAUCAUAGGUGUGGCUCAGGUCUUGAACAGGUUAGAUGGAAAACCAUUUGAUGAUGCAGAUCAGAGGCUGUUUGAGGCAUUUGUGAUAUUCUGUGGACUUGGAAUCAAUAACACCAUUAUGUAUGACCAAGUGAAGAAGUCCUGGGCCAAACAGUCUGUCGCUUUAGAUGUGCUGUCAUAUCACGCCACUUGCUCAAAGACUGAGGUGGAUAAAUUUAAGGCAGCAAACAUCCCUCUGGUGUGUGAACUGGGCAUUGAUAAACUAUCGUUUGAUGACUUCUCGCUGGAUGUGGAUGCCAUGGUCACUGCAGCUCUGCGGAUGUUUAUGGAGCUGGGAAUGGUGCAGAAAUUCAAAAUAGACUAUGAGACACUUUGUCGAUGGCUGUUGACUGUGAGGAAGAACUAUCGCAUGGUUCUGUAUCAUAACUGGAGACAUGCAUUCAACGUUUGCCAGUGCAUGUUUUCCAUGCUGACAACAGCCGGCUUCCAGGAGACUCUGACUGAGAUGGAGAUUCUGGCUCUGAUAGUGGGCUGCAUCUGCCAUGAUCUGGACCACAGAGGAACCAACAACGCUUUCCAGGCCAAGACGGGAUCAGCUCUAUCUCUUCUUUACGGCACAUCAGCCACGCUAGAGCACCAUCACUUCAACCAUGCUGUUAUGAUCCUGCAGAGCGAGGGUCAUAAUAUUUUCUCUAACCUGUCAUCACAUGAGUAUGGAGAACUCAUGCAGCUCCUAAAACAAUCCAUACUGGCCACAGACUUAACACUCUACUUCCAGAACAGAAACUCCUUCUUUGAGCUGGUGAAUAAAGGCGAAUACAACUGGAAUGUGAAGGAACACAGAGACAUGUGCAGGUCGAUGUUGAUGACAGCAUGUGAUCUGGGUGCUGUCACCAAACCCUGGGAGAUAUCAUGCAAGGUUGCAGAACUGGUGACUAGUGAGUUUUUUGAACAGGGAGACAGAGAGCGAUCAGAACUUAAACUGACUCCCUCGGCUAUUUUUGACCGAAACCGCAAAGAUGAGCUGCCAGGUUUACAGCUGGAGUGGAUUGAUGGGAUCUGUGCACCACUGUAUGAGACGUUUGCCAAAUUAAAUCCCAAACUACAGCCAAUGGUUGAGUUGAUCAAGGCCAAUCGUUCCAAAUGGGAAGAGCUUCACCACAGACACCAGCGCAGCCAGGAAACCACCAGCCCAGGCAGUCCACGUAACGGAGACGCCGCAGCAACCAGCUGCAGCUGCGCAGGCACGAGCGACGGCGGCCCCUUCUACUCCAUCAGCUAACUCUGGGGAAACCUGCCAGAUUUUGCCACACGCUUCUCUCUGACCUGCAGCAAUGCAGAUGGAAGGAGUUUUGACCUCUGCUGCACGCUUCAGACCAGCAGCCAUUACCUCACUAGCGCCCUCUAUCGGGCAUUCGCUCUGUCUGCGAGCACUUCAGGCAACUGCGGCCGAGUUUGCGUCCGUCUCCACAGUGCACAGACUGCACGUUUAGCUAGCAACGACUUGUUAAUGUGGAGAACCAUAGGGAUGUGUUUACGCCCAGAGGCUAAUUGGCUGAAUUAGCUACUUUAGGGCUAGCAUGCUAACAUAAAGACUAUCGUGCGUGUAAGCUACUUUCAGCAGGGACUGUUUAUGGAGGAUUGCCGCUUUUUGAAAGGUAUUUUAGCGUAUUUUUUCCCUUUGUAGCUUUGAUCUUGUUGAAUGAACACAUAUCUUGAGCACUGGAGCUCGGUUCUGUACUGUGCGUAUGCCAUGUGAGGAAAUGACUAAUGCAGGAUUUGACUCUAUGUUUUGCCUUUGUUGUUUUAGCUGAUGUAUUUAUUCCAGGAUCAGGGGUUUGUGGAGCCGUGGGGCUCUUGGCAAUGCUUGCAAUGCAAAUCCACUCCAGCGCUGUACUCUGUGCCUUGGUAAAACCCUUAGGAUAAUGCAUGCAGCCCGUCCUCCACAUCACUCUUCUCUCUAGUUCACACUGCAUAUCAUCAUGGAUGUUCCCUCAUGUCUCGGGCCUGUUUCACAUCUCGAAGGUAAGCAACAUAUUUUGUAUUCAGGAACCCAUUCACACUUGUGUUGUUCAUGACACAAACAAAGUUAUUAUGAAGAUUUUUACUGGGUUGCGUUUCCAAAAAUAGUUAUCCAACUAUGCUUGCAAGUUCACCAAUUUGGUGUUUCCCAAAUCUAUAGUUCCAACAAACAUUUGCAAACAACUUCCCAAAGUUUUCACUCCUGCUUGAUGUCAUUAACCAACAAGGAUCAAAUGAUGGAUGUUUGACAAAUUUCCUACUUUUUUAAGAAACAGUUGAGAAUAAUUAGUUUCUCCAUAAUGCACUGUAUUUUGGCCAUGGGUUGUUUUUCCACAGGUUCAAACGACCCCAGUAAAGUGAUAUUUAUCCCCUGGAAUGAGAAUUUUACCAGGGAAGUGUAUUUUACCCCCAAAACAUGAUUGGAAGCAUUGAUUUUUCUAAGUAGCAAAUGAGUGGGUUUUGUUGUGAAAACCUGGCAACCCUGUAUGGUAGAUAAACUGUGAAGUAUAUCAUCAUUCGGGGAAACACACCACAGGUUCAAAAGACUCAAAAGGCCUAGAAGUGCCAUACAAACCAUACAUUGAUAGAUUUUUGUAGGAAACAGGCUGACUGACUAAAUCCAAGUGAUUUAAGUAGUUUACUGAACCAUUUUAACUUCAGGGUUUGGGUUCCAUGUAGUUUUCAUUACGUAUUACCUACUUUUUGGCUAUAAUUGUGAUGCCUCUUCUUGUUUUAUGCCAAAAAUCAUUACAAUAUUAAGUACAGAUCAUGUUCUAUGAAGAUGUACAGUCAAUUGCCUACAGUAAAUAUAUCAAAAUUUAAUUUUUGCUUGGUAAUAUACAUUGCUACAGUGAUUUUUCUUAGUAUUUAGAUAUUUUUCCACCCUCAGAUUCCAGAUUUUCAAAUAGUUGUAUCUCAGCCAAAUAUGUGACACUGGACAUUUGGACAACUUUAAAGAUGAUUUUCUCAAUAUUUUGAUUUCAGAUUUUCAAAUAGUUGUAUCUCGGCCAAAUAUUGUCCUAUCCUAACAAACGUUCAACUUUCAACUUUAUUCAACUUUCAGAUGAUGUAUAAAUCUCAUUUUUAAGAAAUUGACCCAUAUGACUGGUUUUGUGGUCCAGUUGCAGCCUUGUAACAUUUAUUAAAAAAAAAACCCUUACUUAAUGGUCGUUCACACAAAGUGUGUAUUUGCAUUCCAAUACAUCACUUUUCCAUUGUUUUUCUAUGUUGAUCAUGUAUGACCAUUGCACUUGCGUCUAGCAUCGUUUCAGCAUCUCACACAUGAGUACCAUGUUUUUGAGAUGCCACGUCAAGUUAAAAAUGAUGUGUGUCAUUUUUUUUGACUAUAGCAAAGUAUAAAAACACCAUAAUACAUUCGCAGAUAUUUAGGAAACAUGCUAAUUUCCUGAAAAACAAUGCUAAAGUCAGAUAUUGUGCUUUAGAAAAUGAACAUUCCGUGUUGGAAUGUCUGUUUUUGCUUUGGUCCAUGUGACUCCGCCCACUGCCAGUUUAACCAAUAGUACAUCGACACCCCAGGUUGCCAGAGAGUGGAAAACAGCGCAACGCAGCCAUGGAAGUCAGCAGUUGAACUAGGUCAGAGAUCACAGAUUCUACCUGACCUAAAAAGAUUCGACAUCAGUCUAAAAAACUCUAGGACCAGAGGCAUAUUAAAACAAGGAUAGAUCAGCUCAUCAAUUUACAGUGUAAGGCGUGUUGCCCUCUAUUAUUCCCAUUGUGUGUCCUCAAUCUGACAACCUGUGUAAGUGUUGGGUCUGAGGAGGAAGGACUGGAAUUUGGAAUGCAGUACUCAUUUUAACCACUAGCUGUCAAUAUUACAUACUGCAUCUUUAAAGGGCACCCAUUAUGCAAAAUCCACUUAUAGUGUUCCCCAUUAAACCAAACCAGUCUAAUUAGGCAUGAUUCUCAAAGCAAUGUGACAUCACAUUGCUUAGGCCCUGCCCACAGCUGCUGACUGAUAGUCUUGCAUUGCCAUAGUUUCCGCCCUCAGCGAGUUGUUUGGUUUUACACUGUCCCCCCCUAUGUGCUCGAGCAGCUGUAAUGUCAACAAUGUCUUGUAAGCAAUCCUCAACAUCUGAGCCACUGAUGACGCAGUGGAUUACUUCAAAAUCAAAAAUAUUUGAAAUUAGCACUGCACUGUUAGUUCAGUGGUGCUAGCAAACAUGUCCUCCCUGUCCUGUCGAGUUGGUCACAGACGGUUCCAAAAGAGCGGACCAAUCAGAAGACCCCGGAGGCAGGGCAAGUGUUGCAAGCUUUUGUUUGCAGUAGCAAAUUGGCGUGGCAACUCUUCUGUUUGACAGAAAUAUAGCAAAGGAGGCAUUCAUAUUGUGAAGGCAUUCAUAUUACGGCUGUGUCUAGAUACAACAUUUUUCAAUUCAUUCCACAACCUGUUUCUUUAAAAAAGAGCCUCAUAUUCACUAUCUUUUGUGCUGUUCGGCUAUUUUCCAGUGUUGUCAAGUCUGCGCUUUUUCCGUGAAAUUGGGCUACUUUAACACGGUUGCCGCGGGUUGUUCUUGAUGUCCCAAUAUCGUCAUACUUAGCCCCUAAACUACGAAUUUACCAGGGGAGCCCUGACAAAAAACUUGUGUUUUUACCCCCCCCGAAUGUGAUUUUUAAUAGGGGACCCUCUCAAAAUGCAAUUUUUUUCAUAUCAGUCAAUAUAGAUAAUUAUCACGAUAAAUGUCAAAUCUUUAUUUCUUUCAAAUUUAAAGUCAAGAUUUUUGCUCCAAAGCAAAAGUUGUAGAAACCAGACCAUUAAUUUUCCUUAACAAAAUAAAUAUCUAAACAGAAAAAUUAAUUUUUUGCAUGUUCUAAUGAGUUAUAUUCUUUCAAAUCAAGAAACAGGUUUGGGUUGUCUGAUAAUGAUAAUGAUAAUAAUGAUAAUGAAAAUUAUAAUGACAAUAAUAAUAAUUAAUAAUAAUAAUAAUAUCACUUUUUUGUCUCUUAGAAAUGCACAGUUGAUAGUAGUUUGAGGAUGCAGCCUGAACUACAUAUUUCCGUCUAUGUUCACGCAAAUCAUUUGUGAUCCAGCUUCACUUACAGCAGAAGUGAGUAUAAGGGGUUUUUUAUGAACCUCUGCAAUCACCUUUCCUAAUAACAUGCUAGUUAGCAAGUUUAACGGCUAAACGCGUUAAAUGCAGCUAAAGUAAACAAUCUCUCCAGGCAGCUCCUCACUCCACAGAGAGUAGAGAGGGGCGUGGUGAGCAGAGCUCAUUUGCAUUUAAAGAAACAAUCCCUCAGAACAGGAUGAUUUUUGCAGAGCUGAUUUUGACAAGGUAAAAAGGGUGUUGUUUUACACAACCAUUGAGAAUUUAAAGUAUAUUAUAGACUUUUCAUUAAAGACCCUAAAGAAUCAUAUCAACUUGGGCAUCCAAUGACCCCUUUAAAGUAGUUUGAAUCACAGAGUCAAUUGUGUUCAUCGCUGAAUUCAAGUGUUUCACACUGGAUCUCACAGCGCUGUUUAGUGCUUGUGUGACCGAGCCGUUCACAAAUCGUGUCUUUUGCACGCUCAAGUUCGUUAUUUUAAAUGUAUGCUCUGCUUGUCCAGGCACGUCCGCGCCUCAUCAAGAUAAUGCAUCUUCUUUAGUGAGCUCACGCAGCGCUGCAGUUUGAACUUUGAUCCGAGUGGAUAAACGGUCCGUGUGGCACAAUUCAGAUGAAUCGCUGUUUCGUUCCGCUUUUGGCAAAUAAAAGUUAUAUUGAACAUUUAUCAAACUCUUCAUAUUGUUUUAUCAAGGAAAAUUUUUAUUGCGAUAAUUAUCGUUAUGGAAUUAUCGCCCAGCCCUAAUUGCUUCAUGUCUCAAAAAAUAUCUUUUUUAAAAAAAAAAAACAAAACAUUGCUGAGCGAUGUCUCUCAUGUUUUUAGAUGCAAAGACUGUUCUGUGUGAACGACCCUUAAGUUGGAGUGAAACAGGCCUUACAUUCCUUGCUUGUUUUAACCACAUGAAGCAGCAUCCAAAAACACAUACUUCCCUACUAUAUAGUAGGCAAAAAUCUGAAUAUGAAAACAGUAUUCAUAAAACAGUAGUAAGCAGUAGUAAACUCUGAAGUGCACAUCCAGCCUGUGGAUAUGUAACCUACCCAUAACUGAUGCUGGUAGGUUACAUGAUGAAUGUAGUACAUCCAUAUUAAAUUCAUAAUACACACAUUCAGACUAUACAUACUGUAAUAUACUAUUCUAACAUUUUCAAAGUACAGUAGUCAGCAUUUGAAGUGAAUCGAAACCUUUUUAUCAAAGUCUUAAAACCAAAACAAUACCCGUUCUUGUCUUAGGACAACUUUGAUUAACUUUUUUUGAUCCACUUCAAAUGUUGACUACUGUAAUUACUUAGAAUAAGUACUUCGAGAGUAUGUGAUUUCAGACGUGAAUGAGUAUGUGAUUUUGGUUUGCGCUCUUGUAUCCGCCAUCACUCAUUCCAGGCCCAAACCGAACCUGCAGAACUCCACAGAAAGCCUGGCAGAUUUACACAGAAGUACUUGACACCUUCUGCAUGUUUGGUCAUUAAAUAUUCUGGCGAAUUUGAUCCUUUUUCAGCUACUACAGAAGUGCAUUACUCUCCUCAACAGAUUGUACAUAAAAUAAGAGUAGAAAAUGUGAGGAUAAAAUGUCUGCAGGUUCCAUUUGGGUCUAUUUCUAACCUUUGUCAUCCACCUUUUUUUCCACAAGUGUUUUUGUGAAAUUUUCAGUCUAAUCUGAGACAUGUAUGUGCCUUUACAAAGUAAAAAUCUACUUCAGUCAUUUCCAUUCAGAAUCUCAUUGUAGGGAAAGUUAGCUAGUUAGUAAAUGAAGCUCUCAUCCUUUCUACCAGUCUUAAGAAAUGCCCAGAUCAUGUUUCACCCCAAAAAGAAAAAUAAAUCAAAUUAGAUCAACUAUAUUUUUCAUAGAAGAUCAUUAAGGAUGCUACAGAUUUUUUUGCAUUGCAAAUUUGCAAGACAUUUUCUGCCCAAAUUUUUAAAACUGCGGUGUAUUUGACGAAUCUACUUUUGAUUUUGUUUGUUCAUUCUCUUUAAGUCUAAAGUUUUGAGGGCAGCUAUAACAUACAACCACACAAACAUUCACUCAGAUCAGACAUUUAGUUUCUCUCCCCUGUCCCGCGCUCCUUCGUGUCCUGAAGUGGACUCUGGUUUAUUUGAUCCGUGACUGCACUUUGAUAAUUGUGUUGUGGUUUGAAAGCCUCCUUGUGCUAAAAGUCCACUUGCUCUUGGGAAUCCCAGAUAAAAUGUCAAUUGAUAAAGAGUAAAAUGUAAUUGCAUGAAGAAGUGUCUGCUUCAGAGAUGAACAGUUACCUGUAAUGAGAUUCAUCUGUAAUUCAUUAUUCAGUACUUGAUUUAAUGUACCUGCAUGGAAGCAGCUGUUGCAUCGCAGCAGGGAGGAAUGGUUUCAUAUCGUGUAACUGCAUUAUUCAGAAUGUUUUACAUUAUUCCCAAUUUCUUGGGGGAUUGGUUCUUGUUAUUACCACUGUUAGAUUCUUCUCUGAGGCAUUAUGUAAGUGAUGAGGCUCUUUUGAAUCGUCUUGUUCUCUUGGUUCAACUCUCCUUUUGUCCGGCGGAGAUUUCUUGACAAGCAUGAUUUCUGGAAGUGUAAACUGUCCAAUUCAAAUA